AUGGGCAGGCCUUUCCGGCAACUCAAAGAUGAGCUUGGCGAGGUGGUCGCUGAGCUCGAGGCUCUGGACGGCCAGGAGGAGUGCAAACAGAACAGUAAAGCCAAACAGAUGAGUAUAGGCAGAAAGAAGUUUAACAUGGACCCGAAGAAAGGUAUCGAAUACCUAUACGAGAACGGGCUUCUGCAAAGGACACCCGAGGACGUUGCGCAGUUCCUUCACAAAGGCGAAGGUCUGAGCAAAACUGCCAUCGGUGACUACUUGGGCGAGAGGUCGGAUUUCAACGAGGCCGUGCUGCGGGCCUUCGUGGAGUUGCACGAUUUCACGGACCUAAUAUUGGUGCAAGCGCUAAGACAGUUCCUCUGGAGCUUCCGGCUGCCCGGCGAGGCGCAGAAGAUAGACCGCAUGAUGGAGUGCUUCGCGCAGCGCUACUGCCAGCUCAACCCGGACAUAUUCACGAACGCGGACACGUGCUACGUGCUCAGCUUCGCCAUCAUCAUGCUGAACACCUCGCUGCACAACCCCAGCGUGAAGGACAAACCGUCGCCCGAGCAGUUCGUCGCGAUGAACCGCGGGAUAAACAACGGCGGCGACCUGCCGCACGAGUUGCUCUUGUCAUUAUACGAGUCUAUAAAGACGGAGCCUUUCAAGAUUCCGGAGGACGACGGGAAUGACCUCAUGCACACCUUCUUCAAUCCCGACAAGGAGGGUUGGCUGUGGAAGCAAGGUGGCAGAUACAAGUCAUGGAAGAGACGCUGGUUUAUACUGAACGAUAACUGCCUGUACUACUUCGAAUAUACUACGGACAAAGAGCCUAGAGGGAUCAUUCCAUUAGAAAAUAUAUCUGUGCGGCCGGCGAGCGACCGGCAGCGGCCCCACUGCCUGGAGCUGUACGCGAGCGGCGGCGCCGACCUGAUCAAGGCCUGCAAGACCGACUCCGAGGGCAAGGUGGUCGAGGGGAAGCACACCGUCUACAGAAUGUCGGCAGCCACUGCGGAGGAGAGGGACGAGUGGAUCGAAUGCCUCCGCCGCUCGAUAAGCCACAACCCCUUCUACGACAUGCUGGCGCAGCGCAAGAAGAAGGCCCAGCACAGCGUCCACUCGAGUUCACAC